CUAUUGAACCUUAUGGAGUUUCAUAUAUUAUAGAUGCCUUAAACACGGUUUGGUUUUGGCAAAGUAAAAUUUUGUCCUUAAAUAUAUUAGAUUAAUAAAAUAAUAGUAUGAGUAAUUUUGUUUACUCAAAAAGAGAAAAAGAGGAGUCCAAAUAAAAUUUUGGGUGAACAUAGAAACAGGAAAUAAAUCAGGCAACUGCCACGUGUUAUACGGCACCACUAGUAGGUAUAUGUUCAUGCUGCAGGGUGCCACGUAACCACACACACUGACUCUUUCACCAUCUCGAUCACUCUACACUCUGGUUUCAGAUCAUCGAUCUGUUGUCAGUUUCCAGAAAGGCAUUCGUGAUAUCGAAUUAAGGAAUAUGGUGAAGUUGGCGACGGCGCGUGAGGGGAGGCUGUACGGAUCAGGGCGGACUCGAGAGAGAUCGGAGUAUACGAACGCAGGACUUUACGUGUUCUCGACGAUUGUAUUGCUGUGUGGUUUCGUGGCGCAGUUUUCCAGGGAGGCGAAAUCGGGACUGGUGGUUUUGAUGAUAGGAUUAGGUUUAAUAGUAGUUGUGAACAUACAUGAUCUGUUCGCACAUCUCGCCGCCAUUGAUUACCAGAUGCGGCUGAUGGAGCUGGAUGCUCAGAUUCUGUUCGUUGAAGUUAUGGUGCCCGUCGUUCAGGCCGUCGGAGGACUUCUAUUUUUUAUCGCAAUUCUUUUGCUCGUCCUCCAGGCGGAUAGAGGAUUUGGCUAUGAGGGGAUUGAGGGUCAUGCUCUAAACAUGGUUAUUGCGGGGAAUUCAUUAUGGGUUGUUGGGUCCAUCCAUAAUUCAUGCCAGUUUUACGAGCACGUAGACGCCCACAUUCAAAUAUUGCAACACGCUGUCCAGAUCCCCUUCUUGAUGGGUAGCUUCUUGUUCUUGGUGGGAGCCCUUCUCAACUUCAGAGACCAACUUGGACAUACUCAUCAUGGUCUGCAUUUGUUGACACAUACAUGGGUGUGGAUUGGUAUCAUUGCAAGUUCGUUGUUGGUUAUUGGGGGGUUAACAAAUGUUGUUAAAGUGGUGAGGAUGAUAAACAUGGAGAUGGAGGGAUUAAGUUUGGAGAAACUACGUGGUGGAGCACAAGAACAACUGUUUCAUGAUGAAGAUGGGCAAAUACCAUUUCUUGUACAAGGACGAAGGAGGAGACCAAAAAUCUAAUUAAUCUAAAUCAUUUUUGCCUAA